AGGGAGACGGAGUAUUACGACGCCCUGGAGGUGUCGCCGACGGCGACGAGCGCGGAGAUACGACGGAAAUAUUAUCUUCUGGCGCGAAAGAUGCAUCCGGAUAAGAAUCCGAACGAUCCCACGGCGAAGGCGCGGUUUCAGGAAAUCGGCGAGGCGUACCAGGUGCUGAGCGACGAAAGUUUGCGACGCAAGUACGACGCGCGCGGGAAGGACGCGCUGGGCGACGUUCCGAUCGUGAAUCCAGCGGCGUUUUUCGGCAUGUUGUUCGGGAGCGAGCAAAUGGAAGGGUUCGUGGGGAGGUUACAGCUCGCGUCGCUCGCCAUGGCGGGGACGGAUUUGACCGGCGACGAACAGGAUUUGCUGCAGAAACGCCGCGAGGCGAGGUUAGCGAUCAAGCUCGCGGCGAUGUGUGACGUGUACGUGGACAUUGACUCGAAGAUGGGCACCGAAAAAGAGCGCGCGGCGCAAUUUGUGGAGACGAUGCGCCCCGUCGCGCAAACUUUGGCCAACGCGUCCUUCGGGCAAAUCAUGGUGCAAAAGAUCGGCUGGGUGUACGCGAUGGAGGCGGAGAAGUUCCUGCACGACCCACUCGCGGGAACGGGGACGUGGCUCGAUCUCGGCUUGAGAUCGACCGGGGUGACGAUGCAACAAAAAGCAUCCAAAUGGAAGAAUAAGUUUUCGGCGCUCAAGGCGGGGGUGAACAUCUUUUCUACCGUCCAAAGCUCGGAGGCAGAGGUGCAAAAGGCCACGAACGAGCAGCAGGCGAACGAGCUCAGGGCGAAACAGCAAAGAGACGUCUUACCGCACGUCCUCGACGCGCUCUGGUCGACUUCGAGCGUGGACAUCGAGUCGACGCUUCGACACGUGUGCUCCAAGGUGCUUCACGACGCCAGCGUCGCGCAGUCUCGUCGCGCGGGUCGAGCGAAAGCUUUACUGUACUUGGGUAAAAUGUUUCAAGAGACGAAAUCA